CCUUCUCAGUGGGGCGAGAAAUUGUCAAGAAUUUAAAAGGUCUAGAAGAAAUAGACACCAAGAUUUUCUGAUAAAAGAAAAUGUUGGCAAUCGUCAAGGUUGCCAAUUUAGUGACCAUUUCAAUCGGGAUCAUCCUAUUUUGUCCAUCUUUUCAAUCAUCUCCUCCUGCAGAAGCCAUAAGAUCAACCUCAUUUUCAAUCAUUUCCCAGAAAAAUUCAGUUCCCCACCUGCAGUUUUCCUACAGGAAGUCGGUGCCAUUCAACAACGGAGAAAACAACAAAUGCUUGUCUUCCACUUUCAGCAGCAAUUCUUUGAUGAUGAUCAAUCAUGGCCAUCAUCCAAUGCAACUGGCAGUAUGCAAUCCUUCUCUUAUUCAUUUAGUAAUGACUCUUGAUACUCAAUUCCUCCGUGGCACUGUUGCUGCUGUUAAUUCCAUUCUGCAGAAUGCUUUCUGCCCACAAAACAUUUUUUUCCAUUUCGUACAUUCGGAUUCUGAUCAUCAUCUUCAAACCCUUAUUAGAGAUAUUUUUCCAUCCUUGAAUUUCAAGGCAUACUAUUUUAACCCUGAAACGGUACAGAACAAGAUAUCAUCCACUAUAAGAGAAACUCUUGAACAGCCACUGAAUUAUGCAAGAAAUUACUUGGCUCAUCUUCUUGAGCCUUGUGUGGAAAGAGUCAUAUAUCUUGACUCUGAUGUAGUUUUGGUUGAUGAUAUAUCAAAACUAUGGAGGACAAGUCUUGGACCAGCAACUUUGGGAUCACCUGAAUAUUGCCAUGCAAACUUCACCAAGUAUUUCACUCCCAACUUCUGGUCACAGAAGAAAUUCUCCAGAGUCUUCUCUGGCCGGAAACCGUGUUACUUCAAUACAGGUGUAAUGGUGAUUGACUUGGUCAAGUGGAGAAAGUUUAAAUACACAAAGAUGAUUGAAAGAUGGAUGGAGAUUCAAAGAAAUCAGAGAAUCUAUGAUCUUGGAUCAUUGCCUCCAUUUCUUUUGGUAUUUGCAGGAGAAAUGGCACCAAUCGACCACAGAUGGAAUCAGCAUGGCCUUGGUGGUGAUAAUCUGAGUGGUAAUUGUAGGCAACUGCAUCCUGGUCCGGUUAGCCUGUUGCAUUGGAGUGGAAAAGGCAAGCCCUGGAUCAGGCUGGACUCUGGCAAGCCUUGCCCACUUGACAUAAUCUGGUCUCAGUAUGACUUGUAUGGCCAAUCAUUGUAACCAGUAACUCAAAUACCAUACAUUUGUACUUUCAGCUCAAUUUUCUUCCUACAGCAGGUUCUUCAAUGUGAAUUUCUUAUUGUAUCUUGAGCUUGUCUAUCUCAUCUAAAAAUGUUGGAUUUCAUCUAACGCGAGUGAGAAGUUGAGGAAAAUUUCUUAAAGGCAGGAAAGGAAUAAGAUGUCAUUCUUCAUUCAGGCAAGA